GGCGAAGGCGAGCUGUGGAUGGAGGAGCUCUCGUCGGAGCCCCGCGCUUCUUUGUUCCACAACUUCCUCUCCAAGGAAGAAUGCGAGCAUCUGAUCUCGCUGGCGAAGCCUUGCCUGAAGAAGUCUAGAGUUGUCGAUGAAGAGACCGGAGGGACCAAGGAGUUCAGCGGCCGGACAAGUUCAGGGAUGUUCCUGAAAAGAGGGCAGGACCAGGUUGUUUGUCGGAUCGAGAAAAGGAUUGCAGAUCACACCUCCAUACCCUUAGAGAAUGGAGAGGGCCUCCAAGUUCUCCACUAUCAAGUUGGGCAGAAGUUCGACCCUCACUUUGAUUACACUGAGAAUGGUCACGUGACAAAAAAUGGAGGCCCGCGUCAAGCAACUCUUCUCAUGUAUCUGUCGGACGUCGAAGAUGGUGGCGAAACAGUAUUCCCUAAAGCUACACCAAAGGGCGGCUCUUUGCUUGGAGGACGCGCAAAGAGGGGUGUAUCUGUCAAGCCCGAGAUGGGAGACGCACUGCUCUUCUGGAGCAUGAGGCCUGAUGGAUCCCAUGAUCCCAAAAGCCUGAAUGGGGCAAGCCCAGUGAUAAGAGGCGACAAAUGGUCAGCGACGAAGUGGAUGCACGUCCAUGAGUACAAAAUGCCCGGCGGGGGCAGAGGAGAGCCCUGGACGGAGGAGCUCUCGUCGGAGCCCCGCGCUUCCUUGUUCCACAACUUCCUCUCCAAGGAAGAAUGCGACCAUCUGAUCUCGCAGGCGAAGCCUCACAUGACCAAGUCGGUAGUAGCAGAUUCUGUGACCGGAGAGACCAUGGAGAGCAGCGCACGGACAAGUUCAGGGGCGUUCUUUCACAGAGGCGGGGACAAGGUUAUUCGUAGGAUCGAGAAAAGGAUAGCGGAUUGCACCUCCAUACCUGUAGAGAAUGGAGAGGGCCUUCAAGUUCUCCACUAUCAAGUUGGACAGAAAUUCGACCCUCACUUUGAUACCUCUGAAGAUGGUUACAUCGCCAAAAAUGGAGGCCCGCGCCAAGCAACUUUUCUUAUGUAUCUUUCUGAUGUCGGAGAUGGUGGCGAGACCGUGUUCCCUUCGGCGAAAGCAAAGAGGAGAUCAUUGCUUUUUCCUUUAAAACUGUUUGCGAAGAAGGGUAUAUCUGUUAAACCAAAGAUGGGAGAUGCAUUGCUCUUCUGGAACAUCAAGCCUGAUGGAUCCCUUGAUCCCAAAAGCCUGCACGGUGCGAAUCCGGUGGUAAAAGGCAACAAAUGGUCAGCGACAAAGUGGAUGCAUGUUCAUGAGUACAAAGAGGAUGUUUCUGGAAAACUUCCAAAGAUACAUUUCAAAUCUGUUGAAAUUUCUUUUCAACUCCUUGCUGGCAGCAAACUCUCCAACAAGGAGGUGAUAAUCUCCUUACCCUCUGACGAGAACCUGCACCGCAAGCUGCUGCAGAUUCGCAUCAUCGUCGAGGAAGCCGAGGGCCGGCAAAUUAGGAGCCAAGCCAUGCUAGAGCAACUCAAGGUUCUCCGAGCAGGGAUGUACAGAGGCUACUACGCGUUGGACACCUUCAGGUACCAAUCCUACAAAGAAGAUGAGGGCGAGGAAGAUGAUGAGGUGAGCCACUACUAUUCUUUUGCCAUCUCUAAGUUCAACCCUGCCAAGCGCAUUCAGUUGCGUGCCAGAAGCAGUCAAGGUGGGGAGAGGGAGCUACAUCAGGUGCUUGGCUCCCUAGAUGUAACCAUCACUGAUGCAAGGGAGUUCCUCAUGGUGCGUAGCGCCUUCUCCCGGAUCGUGUUCUUCGCAGAAGGCGACCUUGAAGGAGGAAGGAUUGCUUGUGUCAGGGAUGGUGGCACGGUGAAGCAUCAAAGUCAUGCCUCAGCUGAAUGCAGAGAUUAA